GCCUUUGGCUGUUGCUGUGUGUGCAGGAAUUAGUUACACAUAGCAGUGGGACUGCUAGGUGGACCCUGCGAUUCUGUUAACGAAAAAUAUGGUUUAUUUUAUUCACAAAAGCGGGACUUCGCACUCUAUGCUGUCUCCUUCCCACUCGUGCGCUUUCCAGGUAGCAGAGAUUAUUCCCUAAGUGUCUCUGUGGUGGUACCAGAAGAAGCUGCCAUGUCGGUGACUGUUCAUGAGAAUCGUAAAUCCCGCACCAGCACAGGCUCCAUGAACAUCUCGCUGUUCCACAAGCCUUCGCAUCCUGACAGUGUCCUGACUCACCUCAACACCAUGAGGAAACAGUGCGUGUUCACUGAUGUCACGCUGUGGGCCGGGGAUCGCUCUUUUCCAUGCCACAGGGCAGUCUUGGCAGCGUGUAGCCGGUAUUUUGAGGCCAUGUUCAGUGGGGGGCUUCGAGAAAGUCUGGACAGUGACGUCAAUUUCAGAGACAGCAUACACCCUGAGAUUCUGGAGCUACUGUUGGACUUUGCCUACUCUUCUCGAGUCAUCAUAAAUGAGGAGAACGCAGAGUCGUUGUUGGAGGCAGCAGACAUGCUGCAGUUUCACGACAUCCGCGAUGCAGCUGCAGAGUUCUUAGAAAAAAAUCUACAUUCAUCCAACUGCUUGGGGAUGAUGCUGCUGUCAGAUGCCCAUCAGUGUAAAAGACUAUACGAGCUGUCAUGGCGGAUGUGUCUGUUACACUAUGAGACGGUAAGAGAAUCUGAAGAUUUCUACAAUCUGUCUAAAGAUAAAUUGCUGGAGUUGAUUCUUAGUGAUGAGCUGGAGAUAGAGGAUGAACAGAUUGUGUUCAACUCUGUAUUGCGGUGGGUUCAAUAUGACUUGGAGGAUCGGCGUCAUCAUUUAUCAGAGCUGCUGAGGGGCAUCAGGCUGGCUCUGCUGCCGUCAGAGUGUUUGUUGGAGGCUGUUGCCUGUGAAGAGUUGAUUAUGGCCGACAAGAGGAGCAGAUCAAUUGUAGAAGAAGCAAUGCUGUGUAAGAAAAAAAUCCUUCAGAACGACGGAGUAGUGACGAGUCCCUUUGCUCGACCUCGUAAGGCAGGACAUACCCUGCUUAUUCUUGGUGGCCAGACUUUCAUGUGUGACAAGAUAUACCAGGUUGACCAUAAAGCAAAGGAGAUUAUACCUAAAGCAGACCUUCCGAGCCCCAGGAAGGAGUUCAGUGCAUGUGCCAUCGGCUGCAAGGUCUAUGUGACAGGAGGAAGAGGAUCAGAGAACGGAGUUUCUAAAGACGUCUGGAUCUAUGACACUGUCCAUGAAGAAUGGUCUAAAGGAGCACCUAUGCUAAUAGCAAGGUUUGGCCAUGGUUCAGCUGAGUUGGAGAACAGUCUGUAUGUUGUUGGUGGUCAUACAGCCAUAGCUGGAGUUUUUCCAGCCUCUCCAUCUGUCUCCCUGAAACAGGUGGAGAGAUACGAUCCUCUCACUAAUAAAUGGACCAUGAUGGCUCCUCUAAGAGAUGGAGUCAGUAAUGCAGCUGUGGUCAGUGCCAAACUCAAACUCUUUGUUUUUGGAGGGUCCACCAUACACCGGGACAAAGCCUCUAAGGUCCAGUGCUAUGACCCUGUAGGUAACCGCUGGACUAUCGCAGCUGAAUGCCCUCAGCCAUGGCGCUACACGGCAGCUGCUGUCGUGGGGAGCCAGAUCUUCAUCAUGGGUGGCGACACAGAAUUCACCGCUGCCUCUGCUUAUCGCUUUGACUGUGAAAACAAUCAGUGGACCCGCGUUGGUGACAUGACAUCCAAGCGGAUGAGCUGUCACGCCGUGGCCUCGGGAAAUAAACUGUAUGUGGUUGGAGGAUAUUUUGGAACGCAGCGCUGUAAAACGUUAGACUGUUAUGACCCCACAUCAGACAGUUGGAACUCCAUCACCACGGUGCCUUAUUCACUGAUCCCCACUGCCUUUGUCAGCACCUGGAAACACCUACCUGCCUAAUGGGGACUGAACAGACGCCCUCUCCCAGGCAGGGAUGUCCCCAGAAAGAGGUGGAGAGUCUCUUGAGACUCCACCCAGCUGGAGCUGCACACAGGACCAAUCUCUGCAAGAAUUAGCUGCACCUCAUGAAUUGUAAAUCAGUCCUGAUCGCUGGAGCCAACAGCACACUGCCCAAGUGUUAACACAAAGAACUAAUUUCUCUGGAUAUCAUGCUUGUUGAGCUUGGAGGUAGUAUUCAAACUGACACUGACAUGUCUUAUUUGUCCUCCACUUAACCAUUCCAGUGUAAAGACAGAAGCUGUCCUCACAAGCAGGACCACAGUUACACUGACCCUAUAUCUUGGGUGCACACUCACUGCUGUUGACAUAAUGUCUAAUGAGAGUGAAACAGAAACUUUAUCUGUAGUGUUAAGAAGUGGAGCAUUUUCAAGUAAGUUAGUUUACACUGAGAUUACAAUUGGCUCAUAAGCAUUUUAUAUCAAACCUUUUUAGAACGUUUUUUAAUGUAGUGCUUGCUCUGCUCUCAGAGUUGCAUGACAUUUUCUGUCGUAUUAAUUGUUUGGUUUUUUUAAAAAAAAAUCUCUCCGGCUCUUGUAUCAUUGAGCCUGCGCUUGUUUCAUACACAUUUAAAUGAUAACAGACUCCUUUUGAGGCCAAUUAAGAAGAGAGUUGUAAUACUGAAAAGCUCCACAUAGAGCUUCAUAAACCAACUGAUGAAAGUGGUUUGAUCUUACGCGUUGCAAAAAUGUUACAGACUCGACUCGAGAAAUUUGAUUGAAUUAAUGGCGAACUAAAUUAGUCAAGACGUGCAACUCGAUUUAGCAGCAAUGACCUGUGACUUUUCCCCCUCAUUUCCUGAAUCAGCAUCACCAUUAGCACUGGACUGAAUACCAAAGGAUAAUUUAAUGUGGCUUCAGAAAAUAUGAGGUGUUGAACUAAAAUAUUUGCUGCCAAGUGCAGGUACAUUUUGGAUUUGAUGUAAAGUUUUUAAACUUAUUAAAGAAAUCUAAAAAAAAGAAGAAGAAAGAAAAGAAAUUAGGCACUGGGGUGGCCUGAAAAUAUUGAUUUACGUACAUUUAAUACAUUACUUUGUUGUUAAAAUUGACCACAGUAUGACUUGUAAAGGACAUGGAACUUGAUAUUCAGGUCUUAGCAGAGACUGGAGUCUUCCUUGUGACUUGGUCACACGUCUGCUAAAUAGUCAUAACACAGCAGUCCUUAAAUGUAGCCUAUGUGUUGGUUAGUGUUUCGCUCUGAUUUAAUAAUCAGGCAACAUCAGACAACAAAGUGUACAUUAGACGACACAACGAUAUUAUCUAUGAUCUGAUCCAGAGUUAUCCAGAGUACUGACGUUCAAAACAUUUCACACACCAAUUGUAUUUGCAAUAGCUUUUUUUCUGGGCCAAAUGGUAAACACGGUGACAUGAAACUGGAGUAUUUCAAUCUUACAGUAGCUCUUUCAAAGUGCCAAAGCGCUAAAACAUAACCCAAUCCUGUGAUGCACAUUUGUACAUUGUUGUUGUUUCCUGAAAACCACAGAUCGGUGUGUGAGCACACUUAUCCAAAAUGAGGUUAUUUUACUUGUCCACAUAAUUAUGUGCAUAUCAAUGUGGUUUUGUUUGUCACAAAAAGUGUAAAAAAAAAAAAAGCACCCUGGUCCUCGAACUUUCAAAGUUGAGCACAAUUAAAUCCCAAAAUAAGAACCAUGCAGACUGCGAUCAGUGCAGAGAAGCGUCUGACACCUCAGCUGAUCUGACUGUUUGUGUUGCUGUCAUGUGCUAUCAGCGAACCAACCCGUCCACUAAACAAACAGCUGAGGGGGGAAAAACUGUUUAUAUAAACAAUGGAAACUGUCCAGCACUACCACUAUCACAGUUGUUUCCACUAACUGAGUAAAGCAGAAACGCAGCAUCAUCACAAUGAGUAAAGUGGCUCUUUAGUUUGGCCUGGGCUUUGUGUUUCCGUUAAUGCAUUUAAGUGCAAAAUGGUGUGUGAGUGCAUACAUGUUCCAUCUGUUGUUUACAGGACAGCCUGCUGUAACUUAUCACUGCUACUUCAAGCAUCAGUUAAUACAAGCAUUUUCAUAAUUAAGAUGAAAAUAUGCAAUUCAUCUCGAUUGACCACCGCGACACUGUAACAUUUCUCAUAGUUUUGCAGAAAAGUAACCAGGCUGCCACAGCAAUUUAUACAGACUUUUUCCAGUAACUUGCACAAAGUCUUAAAUGCUUUUGGAAGCAUUGUUGUGGGAAAUAUUGAUGAGAAAAGGAAUAAAGAGUCUUUUAGUCAGAAGUAGGCUUUCUUCUUUUAAUAAGCAGAGAAGCUUGUUUACAAAUAAUUACUCCGGAGGAGGAACAUGGGCUUAACGCUGUGAUUCGAUGUUCCCCACGACAAAAACACAGUCACUCAAAUACAUUAACAUGGUAGGGUGGGUGUGGCUGUGUAAAGCUACUUCAGUUAUGAGAUAAGAAGGUGUCGGCACUCUUGAUGUCUGCCUUGAAACCACCUCAGUAAAACUCUGACCAGCACAGAAAACAUGCAUUAAUCUGAAAACAUAUGCAAGAACACAGCAUGGUACACCCCCCUAUUCAUGAUGCAUUCUCCCACAUUAAGCGUUAUCUGAGCAUUUAAUGAGGACACACGUGUAACAGGGUUUCAUGGUUUGUAUCAGAGAGUCGUAACAGUUGUGCCACUAACUUUUUAAUGAACCAAUACAGUAUGAAUACUGUACACUGCCACAAUAUAACAAAGUAGCACAAAGACGGGUGGAUUAGUAGUGGUAGAUUGAUGUGAUCAUGCACGAUAUUUGUUGGCGUCCUUUGCAAAUUGUUCUGUAAAGUUUUUACUGUUCCUAUGAAAUGUUCAGAAACUGCACAAAGGAGAUCCUCUGAAAUACAAGACGUUGAUUAUUUUGUAAAUUUUAAAGAAAAGGAAGAGGAUGAAAUGUCAAAUGUAUGUUUGUAAUGGUGAGAAUAAAAGUGACUUUUUAAAUUCA